CUUAAGGACGCAUCUAUUCGUCCAUGGGGAUCACACACACACAAAAAACCAAAAACAAUAAUUUGGGGUCCAGACGUGUUCCGGUGUCGCCCCCGUGAACACCAGCGGGCAUCUGUGGAGCAUUCCUGGGUGUGCAGUGGGUGCCACACCCCCGAGCACCGUUACCGCAGCAGCAGAACAGUGGUGUUAGUGGUGGCGUGAUCAUGUGACGCUCGCAUUUACGACACAACAAUACAACACCGCCACGGUCUGCGUCCACGCUCUCUGUCUUCUUUCUCUUUCCUCCCCAUCACUUUCCUCACGCCUCGCCUCCCGAUUCGUUAUGGCGGAUGGCGAGAGGUCUCCGUUGCUGUCAGACCUGGGAGAUGCAGGCAGCGGUAACGGAGGAGGAGGCGGCGGCGGCGGCGUGUCUCCCGGUGCAGCGCCUUACGGUGUUCCAAACAAACCACAGAGCUUCCCUCCUUUCCCCAGCCCCACUCAGCCCUCCGUGCUCCUCGGGGAGGAUCCUCCGCCCUACUCGCCGCUCACCUCCCCGGAGAGCGGCAGCGCCCCAGUCAUCAACUGCAGGGUGUGUCAGAGUCUGAUCUCUGUGGAGGGAAAGAUCCACCAACACGUGGUGAAGUGUGGAGUCUGCAACGAAGCCACGCCCAUUAAGAACGCCCCAGCAGGGAAGAAGUACGUCCGCUGUCCCUGCAACUGUCUGCUCAUCUGCAAAGUCACUUCCCAGAGGAUCGCCUGUCCUCGGCCAUACUGUAAGAGGAUCAUCAACCUGGGUCCAGUUCACCCUGGUCCUGCCAGUCCAGACCCUCAGCCAGCUGGAGCACGAGUCUCCUGUGGACACUGCAGUAACACCUUCCUGUGGACAGAGUUCACAGACCGGACACUGGCCAGGUGCCCACACUGCAGGAAAGUCUCCUCCAUUGGUCAGCGGUAUCCUCGAAGGCGGAGCCUGUGGUGUUUUCUACUCUGCCUGCUGUUUAGCAUUUCCACCGCCGGUUUGAUGGCGGGAACGUGGGUGAAGGCUCAGACCUACCAGGGGAUCUACGCCUCCUGGGCCGUGCUGCUGCUGCUGGUUCUGGUCACCUUGGCUCGGGCCUUUUACUGGGCCUGCAUGAGGGUCAGUCAGCCCCUCAAGAACUUCACAUAGAGACCCCCCCCCUCCUCCUCCUCCUCCUCCUCCACCUCCUCUUCUCUGCUGCACCCCCUUCUCAACCCGACAGGCAGGAGGAGGAAAAAACUAAAUCUGAAGAAAAAAAAAAACUCUGAAUAUUUAUUUAAAUUGGUCUUAAAACGUUUUCCUCCUCCUGAUCUUCUCCUUUUAGUCAGUUGUGUUUCUAAAACUGGACGGCGGUGGCUGCGACCGCUCUGUAUUUACUAGUAAAUAUGACGACGAUGAUGAUGAUGAUGAUGAUGAUGAUGAUACAUAUAGCCUAACGUACUGUCGGUCUGUUCUAAACUCGUGGCCAGUGUGGGCUCCAUUUUAACAUUCAACACUUUAUUACAUCAUCUCACAUCCCACCUGGGCUGCUGCCCACCUGGGCUGCACCCCACCUGGGCUGUACCCCACCUGGGCUGCUCCCCACCUGGGUUGCUCCCCACCUGGGCUGCACCCCACCUGGGCUGCUCCCCACCUGGGUUGCUCCCCACCUGGGCUGCUGCCCACCUGGGCUGCUCCCCACCUGGGUUCCGUUCUGUUGCUGUUCUGAGGUCUGACCCGUACUUCCUACAUCCCGUCUGUGCAAAGAUCCGAUCCAUGUUUUUCCGCGAUCCAGAUAUAUUUGUUAACAAAGGGUCCUCGUGAUUGGUUGUUCUCACCUGGACUUGAUGAAAAAAGUCGUUACGUUAGAACGAGGACUUUUUACUUCAAAGUGACGACUUUAGCCAAACUAAAGUCUGAGGGAAUUGAACCGUCGAUCCCGUUGAACGUGAUGUUCUGAGUUCAGUUUCCAGGUGAUCAAAUCCUGGCUGCAGUACCGCUGUUGGCCUGAACAGAGUCUGUGUGUUGACACCAGCGCAGAGCUCCUGCUGCCGUUGUGCCGUUCAGCGAGUGUCCGCAGAGACGCCUGGAUGUGGGAAGUACAACGUGGUCGGACGUAGACGUGAAUCUCGCUCUAGUUUUUUCCGGACUCGCUCUCAGCUCCCUUUAGCGUUAGCAUUAUUUUUCAACUGAGACGCUAAUUAUUUUCCGAAACACAAUGAAGUCAGUCGCUCGCAAAGAAAGAAAGACGGAACAAUCGGAGGUCGCUGCAGACGACGGCAGCGACGGCGUGAAUCAGAGGAUGAAGUCGGUGAAGCAGAACGUGAAGGUUGGCUGUGAUGUCUCUGAACUCUCUGUUUAUGAUGAAUUAUCCCCUGGGAGACACUUUGAUCCAAAGCAGCUCGAAAGCCUUAAGAAAACGGAGGUGUGAUAGAAGGAUUUAACACACACACACACACACACACACACGUGGACCGGGCUACAUGAAUUCAUACAGCGCACAUCAAAAAGCUGAUUCUGUUUAUAGACUGGCAACAGCUCAGAGAACCAGCCUCCGUCUUCAAAGCUGCUCCUCGUUCUCUCUCCACGGUUCAGAGAAAGAGGAGGAAAAAAAAAAAGUUCCAAACAGUCCUAGAACCGUUUCUUACAUUUGUACUUUUCAUCAAAGCGCAGACACAGACUGAUGUCGACUCACGUUUCUGGACCACAAACGCUUUAGACUGAGGGACGCCACGGUGGUGGAGUGGAUUGAGACGGGGGCGGGAGGGGCUAGGGUUCGAAUCCAAGCGGGAACCAUUGCUUGCACCAGUAGACCACAAAAGGGAUUUUUGUUUUUUAAAUUUAAGAACUGGACUAAAAUACACUUGAAAUUUGUCCAAA